AUGAAACGAAGAUCCACAUACCGCUUCCGUCUUCCUUGGUCACAACCUGCACCUGCUCCAUCUCCAGCUCCAACACCUGCAAGCAAACCAUCCACUCAGCCUACUACCAAAACAAGUCGCGCUCCCUCAACUCGUACUGGCUCAAGAGCUGCUUCACAGCCCUCCAGCAGCAGUACGCCCACAGCUAUGCCGUCUUCCAGUCAUACAACUGAAAACCCAACUCGCAAGCAGCCACCAAGCGCCACCUCAACCACAACAUCUGCAAAGCCUUCUUCACCAGCUCAACCUUCAGCUGAAAGCAAAGCCCCUAACCAGCCAUCGACCUCAAACUCUACACCAGCAAAUGCUCCAGCUAGUUCACAAUCUGAAACUCAAACCCCUACCACUACCAUAAGCACCACCCCAACAUCCACAAUAGCUCAGAGCGGACCAUCUAGUCCUCCAGGAGUUUCUCCCUCACCCUCUUCUCAAAUUCGGGCAUCCAGAACUGAGUCUCAACCAUUGAUACCAUCUCAAGAACAGCAAGGGAUCAGUUCUCAACCAGCCUCACCAUCUGAUGUUCCACUCUUACCUUUGAUGCCUGGGAUGAGUCACUUAUCGCCAGGGGAUCAGUUUUGA